AUGUUGCAACGCGAGUUCACCACGAUCUUCAGGACCAGCUAUGGCAGGUUCCGGAAGAGCAUGCACAACCUCCUCUAUAGCCUCAGAUCUUCAGCUCCUUACAGAUCAAUCGCACAGCAGACCGAUGAACUCUUCCUUCGAUUGUCUGAGCUUCGGCAUUACGGCGAGAUCAUGGGCAGGAUGGAUGCACCCGAUGAGAUCGUCCGGAACGCACCUCCCGGAUACUUUGUCACUCGCGCUCAGCAGCAUCGAGGCUUUUAUGGAACCGAGUUUGGAUACUCUUGUUGGUACAUCAAGGCAAGUAUGGGUUACUCACUGGGUCGUUUGGAGAGCGGCGGUAGCGCGAAGCCCAUUGCUGACUUCCUGGAAACUAUAUUGGCUGAUUUUGACAUUCGAAAGAUGGGUUUCUUCCCCCGGUCACUUCCGUUUGAGUUUGGGGAGAACCAAUUCCCACUCCUAAGCUCUGCCUCGCAAUCUCCAGUCACUCUUGAGACCUCGGCUGUUUCCGAUGAUGAGGAUUCCGUUAGGUCCUCACCAUCGUUCAUGAGCUAUGACUUGAAGGUACCCAACAAUACUCCAGCCUCUUCAGCAAUCUACGGCCCAGAGGAUUAUCUGACAACAAGCUUUUCUGACGCCGAUGAAUCACCCCACACAUCAGCAUCUUCGGAGAGUUAUGAUCUACGUGUACCUGACAAUACCCCAGCGACGUCGAUGUAUCUCGCCACCGGGCACAAUUUGGGACGGUCUAUUUCCGAAGAUGCAUCAAUUUUUGCAGAGCUGGCAGAUCGUGCUCAUAAUCUCGCUUCCUCACUCAGCCGUGACACUGCAAGACCCCAAGGCAUGAGACAUGCGCCUCGGCAUUCUCGUCGCCUCAGGUCACCUAUUGCGCUUGGGAGAUACAGAAAUUAUGGCAGUUCGACACCCGAGACAGAAGAAAGAGGCAGAGCACCACAAAUCCGUAUGACAACCCCAAAUGGAACCAGCCAGAGCCCUCCACUAGUCAAGAACUGGCGUCGUCCAAGCCCUUACCCUGGAAAUGGUGAACUUUGGAAGCGCUUUUCGACACGGCGCGCUUCUAGCAUGAUGCCCCUUUCACACCCUCCACCUUCUCCUCGUGAGGAUAUUGAGGCCCAACAUCUGAGUCUACCCACGGGUCCGGGAAGUAUGCAAGGGGUUGAACAACCGUUCUUUACUCCUCAUGAAACCCAUCCCGGGCAAGAAUAA